AUGAAGCUGAAAUUACCAAACCCAGGACUGGAUGACCGAAUCCCAUCUCAUGAAGAUUUGGAAAGGAUGGAAACCGAGGAGGCUGGGGACAGGCCCAAAUGGGACAACAAAGCCCAGUACCUCCUCACCUGCGUGGGCUUCUGCGUGGGACUCGGUAACGUCUGGAGGUUCCCGUACCUGUGUCAAAGCCACGGAGGAGGAGCGUUUAUGAUCCCGUUCCUUAUCCUGUUGGUUCUGGAGGGAAUCCCGCUGCUGCACUUAGAGUUUGCCAUUGGUCAGCGCCUGAGAAAAGGCAGCGUGGGAGUGUGGAGAGCAAUCAACCCUUACCUGACUGGAGUUGGCAUUGCAUCGUUACUUGUCUCAUUUUUGGUCGGUAUGUAUUACAACACCAUCAUGGCCUGGAUCAUGUGGUACCUGUUCAACUCCUUUCAAGAUCCUCUGCCUUGGAGCCAAUGCCCUCUCAAUGCUAACAGCACAGGUUUAGUGGCUGAGUGCGCACGGAGCACCACUGUUGACUACUUCUGGUACAGAGAGACUCUGAACACUUCAGCAGCCAUUGAUGACUCUGGAGGUUUGCAGUGGUGGAUGGUGCUGGCCCUGUUCGCUGCCUGGACUCUGCUGUAUGUGUGCUGCAUUCGUGGCAUUGAGACUUCUGGCAAGGCUGUCUACAUCACCUCCACUCUCCCAUAUUUUGUCCUCACAAUCUUCCUCAUCAGAGGAUUGACUCUCAAAGGCUCUACAGAGGGAAUAAAGUACCUCUUCACACCAGAUGUGGAUGAGUUAAUGAAUCCACAGACUUGGUUGGAUGCAGGAGCUCAGGUUUUCUACUCCUUCUCCUUGGCUUUCGGGGGCCUCAUCUCUUUCUCCAGUUACAACUCUGUUCACAACAACUGUGAGCAAGACGCCGUUCUCAUCUCCAUCAUCAAUGGCUGCACCUCGGUGUACUCUGCAACGGUGAUCUACUCCAUCAUCGGUUUUAGGGCAACGCAGAAAUUUGAUGAAUGCCAGGGAGAUAACAUCCUGCAUCUCAUCAAUGCCUUUGACUACCCUGAAACCUCCAUCACAAUAGACAACUACGAUCAGGUUCUGACCAGCCUAAAUCAGACAAAUCCAGAUAUCAUCCAAGGUUUGCCCUUAAAAACCUGCGACAUUCAGAAUUUACUCAGUCAGGGUGUGGAGGGAACGGGCCUGGCCUUCAUCGUUUUCACAGAGGCCAUCAUCAAGAUGCCUGUUUCACCUCUCUGGGCAGUCCUCUUUUUCAUCAUGCUCUUCUGUCUCGGCCUUUCAACUAUGUUUGGGAACAUUGAGGGAGUGGUGGUUCCCCUUCAAGACCUUAGAGUUCUUCCUCAAACUUGGCCUAAAGAAGUUUUUACUGGUCUUACUUGCUUAAUAUCCUUUGCUCUUGGGCUCAUAUUCACCCUACGCUCUGGGAACUACUGGCUAGCUCUUUUUGACAACUUUGCAGGCUCAAUCCCCCUUCUAAUCAUCGGUUUCUGUGAAAUGUUUGCAGUUAUCUACAUCUAUGGGAUUGAUAGGUUCAACAAGGACAUUGAAUUUAUGGUUGGCCACAAGCCCAAUAUUUUCUGGCAGGCAACAUGGAGAGUGAUUAGCCCGCUCCUUAUGAUCUUCAUCCUAAUUUUCUACUUUGUUACCCAAGUCACCAAAGAUUUAACCUAUCUGGUGUGGGACGAGGAAGCGGCGAGCUUUCCCAUACUGGAAGCACGUCCCUAUCCCUCUUGGAUCUAUGCCAUCAUCUUUAUCCUUGCUGGAAUUCCCAGUCUGGCCAUCCCCAUUUUUGCGCUCUUUAAAUUUUUCCAGAGGAAGUGCUGCAAGGACAAAAGCUACAAAGAUCACCCAGUGGACACUAUCUCAGCCAAAAUAGAAAUGAACGGCAAAGCAAAGUUCUAG